AUGGUUGCGCCCGCUAUCCCGGAGCUCACCGAAGAGGUGCUCCACGAGUCAAUUGAUGCGCGAACCGAGGCCCUAGUUACUCUUCGCGAGCUUGGCCCUCCCGAUCUAGUCCACCUCCUAAAGCACGCUGCUCGAAACCCGAACAAGCAGCUCGGAGUCUACCACCAUGUAACCGGUGUCGAUGCCUCGUCCUCGGCCAGUCUUGCCGCAUACAUCAAUACCUUGACGCACACCGAAUCCCACCCUCAUCAGCAACAGACCAAGAUCGCCGAGGGUCUAUACUGCUGUUACAAUGCCUUCUCCCGUCUCGACAUGCGCGUGCACGUUACCAUUCCCGGUUCCGUCCUGGCCUACUGUGUUGACGAGCGCGGCGAGCAGAAGCCGGCUACGGAUGAGCUCUGGCUCGAGACGUACUUGUGUAGUGUGCUCCGUGCCUACUCGUAUGCCGACGACGGUAGCGGAGAGACUAUUCGGAAGAUUAUGGGUGUGCGGAGAUUUAAUCCCGUGACGAACACUGAGUCUGAGCAUCGCUUCCUCAAUGCUGCCGAGCAAUUGUUCUUCAAGGGCUGGCAACUGGGAUCCGAUUCUAUCGUACAAGUACCGAGCAACGUUGCGAACCACUUGACGACCGGCCUACUCAGAUACUUCGAAACCACCGGCCGAUACACCUCCGGCAUCAACCUGUUUGAGAAGCUCAGGACCCAGAACAUCGAGGUGGCCUCGCUCCUGGCCAAGGUACUGUUCAUGGGCAACGAAGAAGUACGCGGUGUGCGGAUACUCCACGAAGCUCUAAAGGAGACCCCCAUGGACUACUCUAUGCUCGACACCCAGGCCGAGUUCCUAUUGAAAAAGGCCCUGACUGCGGCCACUCCCGAGCAAAAGGAGGAGAGGUUACGACUCGCCCUCGGAUGUGCCGACAGGAGCACCAUUGCCGCCCCAAGCGAGUUCCGGACCUGGGCGAGGUUAGCAGAGGUAUACGUCGCCAUGGAAGAUUGGGAACACGCCCUCGCCGUCCUGAACUCGUGUCCCAUGUUCACGUACCAGGACAAGGAUGCCCCCAUCAUGCCCGAGCCCAAGGACGUCUACCUCCCCACCCUCGCGGCGACGAGGCUGGACGAGAUCGACAGCGAGCCCGAGUCCCGCUUCUCGGAGCAAGUCGACCCGAGCCUCCUCAACCUUCGCGCGGCGUCAUACAAGGGAACGUUUAGGCUGGCCUAUAACAUUCUUACGGAGAUGACGGCGAAGCUCGGCUGGGACCAGCUGCUCAAGAUUCGGAGCAGCGUCUUUGUUAUGGAGGACGAGUAUAGGAACGAGAAGCAGGACCAGCCGCGUAGGGGUUCAACUACGGCGGUUGCGCCGAACCUGCGGAACCCUAGCACUGACGGCCUCCGUGGAAGCCCGAGGUCCUCGGCCGAGAGUGACGAGUCUGAUGAGAAUUCGGGUGCGGCAGAUAAGGCGGAGGAGGCUGGAGAGGCACCUAAGACUAAUGGCGAUUCGUCGCCGGAGAAGCCUUCCAAUACGAUAGACCCGGGUGUAGUAAAGGCCGACGGUGAAAAGUCCGACUCGCCCGAUCAACCCCUCUCCAAACUCAACAACAAACGCCUCUGCGAACGCUGGCUCGACAGCCUCUUCAUGGUCCUCUACGAAGACCUCCGCGUCUACACAAUCUGGCGCACGCAAAUGGCCCAAUACCGCGCCCAGUCCAUGCAGUACAAGAAAUCCGCCGAAGAGUGGGAGAUCCUCGGCUCCCUCGCCGACCGCCUCCAGCACGUCGACGAAGCCGUCGAGGCCUACCGCGCCUGCCUAGGCCAGCGCUUCUCCCCCAAGGCCCUGACGGGGAUCCUCCACGCGCUCGAGCGCCGCGGGCGUAGCGCUUGGGACCCCCAUCACCGCGACACCACCUCCGCUGCCGGGAACACGUCCUCGACGCACAUUAAUACGACGCGCGAGACCGUCGCGUCCGUUAUACGGCUCGUUACGUGGCAGUAUCGCUGGUAUUCGGAGUUUUCGCCCGAGCUGCUGCAUACGAUCCGUGCGCUUAUUGAGGACGAGGGCGCGUUGAAGGUUAGGAGCAUCAUUCAGGCGACGAGUCUGCCGCAGAAUGUGCUGGAUCUUACGCAUCACUAUGCGGCGCUUUGUGCGACGUUUAGGAGCAGUGGGACGGAUGGUUAG